AUGAACGGGGAAGAGGCCAGCACAGAAAGAAUUGCGCGGCAACCGGUGCGGCGCCUAGAAGGGCUCACGGACCACGUGGUGCACGAUGUGGGCGCGUAUGGGAGCCGAUACAGGGAGCAGCCUGCGCGGGCCGUGGGCCGGAUGCACUUGAACAUUUCGCCGGGUCCGAGAUCGGACGGGGGCGCUGAGGGAGCGGAGCACAAGAAGCGGCGGGUGGAGCCGCAGGCGAGCGUGAUAGACCUCACGGCGGAGGAGAGCGCAGGGGGUGCGGAAGAGGGUGUAAAAGAGGGCACAGGUGCAGAUGCAGGCGCAGAUGAAGGUGCUGCCGCCACAGCGCAGGAGAUCCGCAACAUGGAUAGCGCUACAGCGCAGGCUGGCGACGGCGGCGACGGCGACGACGACGACGAUAUAGUGAUCACUGGCGAGGUCAGAGUCAAACCUACAGACUCAGCAGCACCAAAACAACGCACAAGACAAGACUAUAGGGCCGAAAUCGAGCAGAAGUACACGGAAAACGACGAAGUGCGGCGGUAUGUGCCGCAAAACCUCCGGAGCCGGUAUCUAGGCAUGCGCUACGGGAAGAUUGUGAAGGUGACGGAGAAUUUGAUCGCCAAGGCUACAGCAGUGUCGGAGGAGGUGGCGCGGACGAUCGACUGGGCACUCCUGGCGAAGAUCAAGUUGAUGCACGGGACAUCCGUACACCGGAUUGCGGGCUCACUGGAGGAAUUUGACCAGUUGGUGCGGAAAUCACAGGAGAUGAACCGGUCUCUGCUGAAGGACGUGGGCAGUCUCCGGCAUAACAAGCACUCGCUCGAGAGGGAGUGGAAUUACAAGCUUGAGGUGCGAAACGUGCUCAUAGAGAAGGGAAAAGUACCGUAUAACUUCCGGAGGCCUCCCGUAAUGGACAUGGUAAAGGUGAACUUGGCGGUGUUCCGGGCGGUGUACAAGAGCAUGCGUGAGGUGUGUGAGCGGCUGCGGGGGUUCCGGUUUGACGGGGUGGCACUUGAGGAUGUGAUUGGGGUGAAUAUGGAAGGAGAAGGAGGUGGUAAUAACACUGCGAUCGACAUGACUGCGGCCCAAUCGACCACUACAGUUAACAGUGCUUCUAAAGACGGCAGUGAGGAGGAAGAAGAGGAUGAUGAGGAGCCGGAAAUCUUGUCUGUGAGCAAUAUAGUAUCGCGGGCGAACGAGUUCUCGCCGUAUGGCGGAGUUAGCCGGAAUGAGGCGUUGGGAGCAAGCCGGAAUGGUGGAUUUAUGACUGUGGUGGAGAGGCGGAACCAGAUGAGGCAAGAUAGCAACCAGUUUAGGCAAUUAGAUGGCAGCCAGGUUGGACAGUUAGACGUCCAGUUUAGGCAACAGGACAGCCAGUUCAGGCCACAAAACACAGCAUUCGCAGCACAGCAAGCCAAGGCCUCGCAAUGGUGGGAAGACGAGUUCUUCAAGAGUGAGGCAGACGAUGCAUUGACGAUGGAUGGUGGCGGCAUGAUGGCUAACAGCAACGUUUACCGGCAAAAUGAAGCAGAGAGCUUGCGCGGGCUACUCAACGGGAUCCGGCCGGACGAGGAGUACGCGGAAGGCAUGGAAAAAACACCCGCAGACAUGCUUGUGCCGUUGUUGAAGCACCAGAGAAUCGGAUUGGCCUGGAUGAAGGCCAGGGAAGCGUCGCAGACCAAGGGAGGGAUCCUUGCGGACGACAUGGGGCUCGGAAAAACGGUCCAGGCGCUCGCGAUCAUGAUGCGGAACAGGUCCCAGGACCAAAAGUGCAAGACGAACCUCGUGGUGACGCCCGUUUCCUUGCUGCGCCAGUGGGAACAGGAGGCAUCGACCAAGUUGCGGCCGCAGGCCGGGUUCUCGUGCUUCAUCUACCACCAGACGAACCGCGCCAAGACGUUUGCGGAGCUGCAGCAGUACGACAUGGUGUUGGUGUCUUACAACACGCUUGCGUCCGAGUGGAAGAAGCACUAUGCGCUGGCGCUAGGCGAGUUGCGCAGGCGCAAGAGCGCCGCACUCCCUGCGCUGGACGCCGGCGGCGAGUCAUACCGCUCCCCCUUCUUCGGCGCAGGCGCCAAGUUCUACCGCAUCGUGCUCGACGAGGCCCAGAACAUCAAGAACAAGCGCACCAAUGCCUCGCGCAGCGUCGCAACACUCGAGGCUGUGUACCGCUGGUGCCUCUCCGGCACUCCCAUCCAGAACCGCAUCGACGAGCUUUAUCCGCAGCUCCGGUUCCUGCGCGUUGCGCCGUACUGCGACGAGCGCCGGUUCCAGACUGAGAUCGCUGCGCCCGUCAAGAGCGGCUGGGACAGCACCCGCGCAUACGGCAAGUUACAUGCUGUUUUGUCCGCCGUGCUCUUGCGCCGCACCAAGGACUCCGAGAUCGACGGCCAGCCGAUCCUCCGGUUGCCCGCAAAGCACACUAUUGUGGAUGAGGUGGCCAUGACGGACACGGAGCAGGCGUUCUACCGGGAGCUCGAGCAGAACUCUGCGAAGCAGGCAAAGCGGCUCAUGGAGCAGCAGCGGGUGGGGCGCAACGGCGCAGGCGGCGGGCGCGUCAGCGCUGGAGGUGUGCGCAAUGGCACAGGGGCCGAAGUGGCCGCAGUCAGCCGUGGCGGCUCCGCCUACAGCUCGAUUCUCACGCUUUUGCUCCGGCUGCGCCAGGCCUGCGACCACUACUACCUCGUCAAGAUCGGCAACGAGCGCGAGCGCGGCGUGAAGCGCGACAACGCGCGCAGCGAGUACGAUGUGUGCCGCGCAUUCAGCGCGCAGGCGGUGGCGCGCAUCGACCGCGAGCGGGCGCGCGGCCUCGAAUGCCAGCUAUGUGGUGACGACGUCCCCGACGAAGACGGCCUCUUGCUCAGCGGCUGCGGCCACGUGGUGUGCCGCGACUGCAAGACUCCAUUUUUCGAUGAGUAUGCGGAUGGCGGGUGGGAAGGCGGGGAUCGGCGCGCAAAAUGCCGCAUAUGCGGCGCAGUGUGCGAAGAGUGCAGGUGCGCAGGGCUGGACAUGUACGAUGCGGCGGUGGGCGCGGCACAGACGUGGGCGCAGACGAAGCGCCGACUCGGGCUGGGCGGCGGCGCGCAGGACCGCGACUACAAGGCGGCGAAACUCAAAGAGCUGAUUGCCGCAGACGGCGGCAGGGUGAUGGUGUCGGCGAAAGUUUCGCGGUGCGUGAAACUGGUGUCGGAAAUCUUGAAGACGCGCCCCGGCGAGAAAAUCAUCAUCUUCAGCCAGUUCACGACCUUUUUCGACAUUCUCCAGGUGGUGCUCUAUGCAAACAGGGUGAGCUACUUGCGGUACGACGGGACGAUGGACGUCGAUACGAAGAACAGCGUCGUUUCGUGCUUCUACAACGACGCGUCGAAGCGCGUCAUGCUUUUGUCGCUCAAAGCUGGAAAUGUCGGUUUGACCUUGACGUGUGCCAACCACGUUAUUUUACUCGAGCCGUUUUGGAACCCGUACGUCGAAAAACAGGCCCAGGACCGGGUGCACCGGAUUUCGCAGACCAGGGAGGUGUUUGUGCACCGAAUUCUCGUCAAGGGGACCGUUGAGGACAGGAUUAUGGAGCUUCAGCAGAAGAAGGAGCGGAUGGUGGAAACUGCGUUGGACCCGAAGGCCCGCAAGUCCGUCAACAAGUUGUCCCGGACCGAGUUGGGCUUCUUGUUUGGCUUGAAUGGUUUAGCGGGGCUCUAG